AGAAGAAGAAGAAGAAGAAGAAGAGAAAAAGGAAGUUCUGCUUCUUACUGUAGCGCGGGGUUUUAAAUGUGUUGUGAUGAAGUAACGGAACGAAAUGUCUCAAAAACAUUUAAAGUCUAAACUUAAACGCAACAAAUGUUCCGUCGGAGAUGAACAGCUGGUGAAGAGGAGUCCGCACGCGCCGUUGUCCCGUGGGCCGACAGAGGAGACCGGGAGGUCAGUGUGGUGGCGCCGCGAGUGUCUCCCUGUGGAGGACAACCUGUGGGCGCUGACGCUGAAGUCUGCUCUGCUCGACCCUGGGGAUCUGCAGUGGGACCCGGUACCUGAUCUCCCACAUCCUUCCACAGCGAAUGCCCCCCCAAUAAAGCCUGAUGAACAGCUGUGGUGGUGUGAGCUCAGCGAAAACGUGGCUCCUCUCCCUCAAUCAUCUCCACGGAGUCUCUUCUCCUCCCAGAAGGAGCUCCCAGAACACAGCAAACCUGGACCCGACUGGCCCGCCACACCGCCAGCGUCUCCUAACAGGCCCUGCCGCGACGGGGAGGCGGCACCCCCGCUUCAAGCCCUCCCCCAAAGCCCCCGGCCCUCCUUCCACAGCUCAUCCCCCGGGCCCUCCAGUGCAGGGGGACACGAGAGGAGGACAGGAGGACAGCAAGAGGAAGACACUGGACUGGUCAGCAGACGGCUUCUCACAAAGCAGGCAACCAGCCGAGGAUCUCUGCAGGGGGGGGAGGAGAUGCACACACAUGUCGCAGGAGAUGCAGGAGGGGGGUGGCUGCAGAGCUGCCCCAUGUGCCUGGUGGUGUUCCCUGACGGGUUCACCCAAAUGGACUGUGACGGCCACCUGGCCCAGUGUCUGUCAGAGGUCAACGUGGACGUGACCUGUCAACAGGAAAUGGUUCACUGCAUCUCGUCUCCAGGAUGAAGAGGAGAGCAGAAGAUGAGGAGGGACACAUGGACUGCGCUUACACACACACACACACACACACACAUACUUACAUAUACACACACACACACAAAAUGCAGUAUUUUGCCACCUUUUGCAAAUAACGAAAGACUCUUUUUCACGGAAAACCAGUAUCAUUUUUAAUAAUUACACAUAUUUACAAGUAUGUGGUGAAGCAAAAUGAAGCGAAUCCAAAAAGCUUAAUUUCCCAACAAAAAUCAUGAACUGACUUCUCUUCAUUUUAGAUGUUGGAGUGGCCUUCACUGCUCUGUGAAGUGGUUUCAAGGACUUCCAGUUCAUCCAUUGGUCCCUCAAGAAACAAGCAAUGUGCAAAUAGAUUGUGCAACAAAUCAUGGUUCAUAAGAUGCAGUCUGGGGGGGAGGAAGCCUCCUUGAAUGCUGAAGUGUGAGUGUGUGUGUGUGGUGACUUUGGAGCGGUUUCAUUAUCUAUCGUCUCUUUCCUCCCUCAAAUGGCCUACAGCUAAUUGAGGCCAUUUGAUAAUGAAUCACGUUAUGUGGUUAUCGAGCUAGCACAGGUCGGAUUCCAUCAGCUCCUCUUCUCCGAGGAGGAGGAGCACAGAGCUCCCUAUGUCUUCUCCUCGGAUGAGGAGCACAGAGCUCCCUACGUCUUCUCCUCGGAUGAGGAGCACAGAGCUCCCUACGUCUUCUCCUCGGAUGAGGAGCAGAGCUCCCUACGUCUUCUCCUCGGAUGAGGAGCACAGAGCUCCCUACGUCUUCUCCUUGGAGGAGGAGCACAGAGCUCCCUACGUCUUCUCCUCGGAUGAGGAGCACAGAGCUCCCUACGUCUUCUCCUCGGAUGAGGAGCACAGAGCUCCCUACGUCUUCUCCUCGGAUGAGGAGCACAGAGCAAAUCCAGAGCUCCCUACGUCUUCUCCUCGGAUGAGGAGCAGAGCUCCCUACGUCUUCUCCUCGGAUGAGGAGCACAGAGCUCCCUACGUCUUCUCCUCGGAUGAGGAGCACAGAGCAAAUCCAGAGCUCCCUACGUCUUCUCCUCGGAUGAGGAGCAGAGCUCCCUACGUCUUCUCCUCGGAUGAGGAGCACAGAGCUCCCUACGUCUUCUCCUUGGAGGAGGAGCACAGAGCUCCCUACGUCUUCUCCUCGGAUGAGGAGCUCAGAGCUCCCUACGAGGCCACUAGCUCUGCUCCGUGCUCGUAGAUCUGAUCCGUCAGUUGCAGUUAAAUGAAAUGAAAUGGUAAGGACUCUUUAUUUGACCAUCACAUGUCGAGCUGGCUUUACACUGGGCAGCUGUUUGUUAGAGAUGAAGCUUCAUGAAGCAUUGAGGCUUCCAUCCCAUUGGUUCACUCAUGGGACUUUAUUCGCUUCACUCUGCCAUCUGGUGGACAAUAAAUUAAGUGAUUGUAAUGACACCAUGGCUUUGGGUUAAAGCUUUGAAUUGAAAAAUUCAAUAAUGCUGUUUGUGAUUCCAAUACACAAAUUAGUAACUUACUAAUAUUGUGUGUCUUUGUCAAAAGGGAAAGUCGGGGAGCGUAAUGUGAAUGUGCUUGUGUUAACUUUGACAGCUCUAAAAACAAAAGUAACGCAUUAAUCUAUGACAUUAUUGUGGCUGCUCUAUGAACCCGCCGCGUCCUGCAAUCAGUCAGAACCAGAGAGCGACAUGGAAGUUUAAGAUGGAGAGAGCCUUUUGGAUUAGAAGUAAAACAAACAGAAGAAUGUGCAGAGGAAUCCCUCCACAUGUCAAACAGAAGGAGGACUUUACGCACUGCUAGGCUAAGAUUCCAUCUCAACUUCCAUCUCAACAUCUACCCUGCAGAGGACACCACUGUGUCCCUAAACGGCCGUGGUUUGAAAACCUCCUGCUAAAUGUGGGGACAUUGUUGGCACUUCAAACAGCCAUUAAAUGCUGGAGAGAUGAGAACAAAGUGCACAAGGUCAGCAGGAAGAGUUCAACAUGUUCCACCGCCAGAAGGAUCACAUGGGUGUAGUUAUGUGUAAAAUACAAUCAAACAACAUAGUUAAAAUACACUCUGUCUAAAGUGAUUCCUCAAUACUUAGUUUUAGUCUUAAUGAAUUUCAAAAAGUGAAAUUAAUUCAUUUUUUUAUCUAUUGUUUUUCACCUAAUUGAGGUGAGAAUGUCCUGGGAAUGUUGCGUAUUGUGCAGAAGUUGUGUUACCUUGAUUUUAUACUCUAUAUAGACACAAUUCCACUUCCAUGUCACCCAUGUAUACAUCUCCAAUCCGUUUAAGUGGAAUUCUCUCCCUGAAAUGAGCAGUUGUAAGUUCUUGGUUGAGGAAUACGAGUAGAAUCGUGGCUGAUAUGGCACGAGUACCCCCUCCACAUGGAUGGGGUCGAACCUACUGGGCUUCAACAGCU